CGGGACGUCGGGAAGAAGAAUAAGUGACAUGACAUUUGACAUAGCAGACUGAAGUUCGUCCGGAGUAGAGUGACUUGAGAAAAUAAAAAUUUUAAAAAUGAGUUUUUCAUUACCAUCGGUUAAAGUAAAGCCUUUCGUAGUAGAAAGCUUCAAUGUACAUGAAGAAACCUAUGGAGGUCAAGAUCUAAUGAAACAUGGACUCCCAUUAUCAAAACAAAGUACUAAUGUUCCCCAUCCCAUGGCAGCAUCUAAACUUAAGCAUCAAGAAAACCUGAACAAAAUGAAUUUAACCAUUCUUAGAAACACUCAGGGUUUGCAUGCCCCUCUUCGUAUCAACAUGGAACUAAAAUCUGCAAAAAGAAUUGGACGUUUACCUUUCUUAUCAUCAUCUAACACCAUGUACGAUAUUCUAAUGGGUAAAGAUGUUGAUAUUGGACCUGAAGACGUAUUUAAUACAUCAGAAUUUUCGGAAGUUUCCUGUCAACCUCAUGCCGUCGUGGAAAAAUCUUUAGGAAUAUUAUAAAUAAAAUACCAUUAAAACAUUUUUUUUAAAUAUGCGUUUAAUAAAUAAUACAAAAUUA